UGUCCUGUGUGUUCCCUUGCCUGCCACGCAGCGACUGAGUGGUCGAGACUAGCACCAGCGUGUAUUACUGGAUGACCGGAGAUGCGGUUCAGCGUUUGCUCUUAGCGGUGAGCGGGAUGCUCUCAGCUCGGACGCUAGCGAUUUCCGGAGGAGGAGGAGGGCAAUCGAUGCACCUGCGCUCCUACCGAACCAACGUGCUGCAUCAUGCUACCGCGCGGCAAUCGGCGCUGCUGUACACACUCCAGACGGGUCGUAGGACGACCGAAUUUUUGAAGCCAAGUGGUCCCGUGAGUCAUGCCGCACCAUUCCGGUCCGCGUGGGAACGGGCAAUAACGCGGCGGCAAGCUACGACACAAAGACUCGUCGGCGUAUCUAACGGGGAGGGUCAAGUAGCCGCGGCGGGAUGGUGCAACGAGGACGCAUUGUUUUCCGCGGGCGACGGCGGGAGCCAUGCUCGCCGAAGACAUCGGAACGGCGGCGGGCGUGCCGGCCGUGACCUGGCGCUGGCGAUGUCUGCCGUAGGCCGCCCCCCGCAACUGGCCCGCCUGUCUUGGCCGACGGCAUCGCUAUCGUCGUACACCCGGCCAGACGCGCAUGUGGAGGCUGGAAGCAGCGGCGGCAACGUUCCCGGGCCGGGGCACGACUUGGCUUCGAAGCAAGGGGUUUCCAUUCCCGAGGGAGGCGUUUCGGCCACGAGGGAAGGAGGGGUCGAAAGCUCGGCGGCACCAGGGGCGGGAAGCCGAAGGCAAGUGGCUGGGCGGGAGGCGAGGGCAGCAAUAGGAGAUGCUGGUCCUGCUGCUGCGGAUGCUACGGAUGCUGCUGUAGCUGUCGGAGAGGGAAACGACGAUCGUUUGGGGUGGGGGGUGACCGAUGAGGAAGAAAAGGGUGGGGAUGGAGAGUGGUGUCCCCGUGUGGCCAGGGCCAGCGCGUGCGAGGAGGUGCCCCAGCUGACGGAAGCCUUUCGGGAGUUCGACGAGAAGCACCCGGGUGCCACGAUCAUAUACCUUGCGCACUCGGGGUCCCGCCUGUACGGAACCAACACCGCCAAAUCUGACGUCGACCUGAAGGGAAUUUUCAUCCCUGACGUCCAGAAGGAGAAGGAGGCUCGGCGGGCGGCCGCGCAAGUCAAGGCUGUGGCGAAGGCUCAGAAUAUGGGUGGAGACACCGCCGUUCCUGGCGACGCGAAGGAGGCGCGGAUGCCGAGCUCUUCCAGCCCUGCCCUCUCCCCCAAGGGCAGCGGCAAGGGCAAGGAGAUCACAUUCUGGUACUCCACGUCAAACUGCGAUUCGCGUAACACGGUGGACGACGUGGACGUGGAGAUCAUCAGCCUUGGCAGGUUCUUCGGCCAGCUGAUUCGGGGAGAGAUCGGGGGUGUGGAGACGCUUCAUUCGAUGCUGGUGCGCGACGUGGAGCUCAUCUCCGACCCUGAGGUUUAUGUCCCCAAGUACAUACUUCGCAAGCAGAUCGUUCCGAUUGUCGUGCGGGAGCGGCGGUGGAUGGUGUCCAGCCGGCUGGCGAGCUGGAUGGGGUUCAUCUUGAGCCACAUCCACAAGUACCGGAGGGUCACCCAGGAGUCGAACGCGGCGCGGUUCAGGCACAAGGCCUUCUUGCGGAAGCGUAGCUUGAGCGCCGCCGCCAAGUCCCUACCGGCGGCAGCAGCAGCAGCAGCAACAGUAGCAGGACCGACAUCAACGGGACCGGGAGACGCAGCUCCAACCGGCGAAGGCAUCAGCAACGCUACCAAUAGGGCCACCACGGUUUCAGUAGCACCACAGGCCGCGGUAGGUGUGAGGGUUGAAAAUCGUGUAGCGGAUCGACCAGCGGAGACAGCUUCCACCGGCACGGACACCGGAGAUAACUCCUCGCUCAAUCUGAUUUCGGCCUCGGGUACGUUGGAGGCGUCAACAACAGCUACAGAGACGCAGAGUAAGCGGGUGAGUCCCGAGGAGCCAGCAAGACAAGCCGGAGAUCUGCCACGGGUUUCGUCGAGAGGGGGGGGAGGCGAGGGCGCGGGGGAGAAGAGUACGGCAGUAGACACGGCUCCUGCCGGGGUCGCGGUGAGUAAAAUACCUCCUGUCCGGAGGCUGGGCGUUAUUGGGAGGACGAAGGCGCCAAGAGCCGUCGAAGAUGCCGCUCCUGAGGAAGCUCCACGAUUAGGCGUGAUAUCAAGGCCGGGGACAAGGGAUGUUGAGAGCAGAGGCGCGGCUUCUUCUCAGGGGGCUCGCCGGCUAGGAGUGUUGUCUAGGGGGGGGGUGAAGAUGGGUGGCGAGAGGGUAGCGGAGGAGGAGGUGGAUGAAGAGGAGGAAGAGGAGGAUUGGGAGGAGAAGGAGACGGCGAGGACGUUGAAGCGAGGGAAGCUGCUGAUGCAUGCCAGGAGAGGGGUCAUGGAGGCCGAGGAACUGCUGACGGCGGGAAGGUUAACAUUCCCGCUGAAACCGCGGUACGUAGAGGAGCUCCGGCGCCUGAAGGAGUUGGACAUGGGCCCGAAGAAGUUGUCAUCAAUCCAAGCGCAAGCAAAACAGCUGUCCGCCGUGGCUGCUACCUCCGGCCUGCCAGCGCAAGUCAGCAUGGAGAAGCUCAGGGCCGUCCAGGAGGAGGUGAUGAGGGUGCACGAUCAAAGACGACGGAGAGGAGUUGGACCGCUUCCCGCGGUAGAGGCUCAACAAGACAAACCUUGAGCGGGGCUGCUAAGGACACAGCUAUCAGCAAGAUACCCCACUCGGAACGGAUGUGCCCUCCUUUUGUGUGCGAAACAAUGGUUCUAGCACUCGUACACCUGUACUCCACGCUGCCCCUUUUUUUUUUUCAUCACUUUUUGUCCGCGCUCACAGCAUUUCUGCAGGGUGGGAGCUUCCAAUCCGUGGUUACACAGAAGGGCUCCUCUCCCGGAGGCCCCCUGGGGGUGCGUGCCGGUUUUGUUCCAAUUUUCGUAGGAUGUCUUUGUUGGCCAGGUGGACGUUGACGACCCUUCCAUUCGGCGGGAUUGUUGGGGUUUUUGCUGGCCCAGGGCGCGAGGAUCGUGCCAAAUCGUGGUAUCAAUUUUGUCGAGUGUCUUCUUGGCCAGAUGGACGUUUACAUUCGGCGGGGGCUUUGUAAGGGUUUGGCAUGGCCAAGGUGCGAGGAUCGUGAAAAAACUGUUUCAAUUGUUGCUUGUCUUGGUCGCAUGGACGUGGACGACACGCCUUCGUUCGGCGAGGGUGUAAGGGCUUGGCGUGCCAGGGGUAUGAGGAUGACGAAACAUUGCUCCAAUUGCAACGUAUAUCGGUCGGAUGGACACCGACGAUGCUUCCUAUCCGGGAGUUGUAAGGUUUUACCUAACUCGGUGUAUAAAUGGUCGUGAAGCCAUUUUCCGUCACCUCCGUGGAGACGGGUCGUCCUGCUUACCCCAUUUUCGACGACUGGAGGCAGAUCGAAUGGAUACGCGUGCCGUCCGUCCGUGUGCGUUUUUUUUUGGUAACUCAACCGGUCAGCACACACGAAUAACCAGCGAGUGCUUUCCCGG